GCAGCAAAUGUAGUCAGUCUCAGGUGUGCUGCAGAGUACCUUGAAAUGACUGAAGAAUAUGGAGAGGGAAAUCUCAUACUACAAACAGAAAAUUUUCUCUACGAUGUUUUAGGAAACUGGACAGACUCGAUUAAAGCUCUUGAAACCUGUGAAGAGGUUCUACCUCAUGCAGAGGAGCUUCAUAUCGUUUCAAGAUGCAUCAAUUCCUUAGCCAUGAAAGCUUGUGCAGAUCCAAAUUUGUUCAGUUGGCCUAUAGGCAAUCCUGCAAAGAAUUCAGAAGGUAUUGUAUUGUGGAAUGGAAUUUGCACAACUACCAAGCCAUCUCCUGCGAGUGAAGAUUGGUGGUUUGAAGAUGUUUCAUUUCUCAGAUUACCUUUCUUUAAGAGGUUGAUGGUGGCUCUUGAAUCAGGAGGCAUGAAGCCAGAGAAAAUUGCUGGCUCUGUUAUUCACUAUUCAAAUAAGCAUCUUCCUUUAUUGGGCAGGCAAUCAAACUUCCAGAAUGGAGUCUCUGCUACCCCUGGAUCAACUAUAUCUGCCACAUCUGAUGGAGAUCAAAAAAAUCUCCUUGAAGAAAUAGUAGAGUUACUACCGGAUCAAAAAGGUGUCACACAAACCAAGUUCUUGGUUAGACUUCUACGAACAGCCAUGAUUUUACAUGCUAGUUCAGCAUGCCGGGAGAAAUUAGAGAGACGGAUAGGAGCCCAGCUGGAUCAAGCUGCACUAGAGGAUCUUCUAAUACCAAAUAUGGGAUAUUCAACAGAAACUCUUUAUGAUGUUGACUGUGUUCAACGGAUACUCGAUCAUUUCAUGCUCGUGGACCGUGAUGCAAUGGAUUUUACUUCAAAUUAUAUAGUUGAGGAGGGGCAAUUGAUGCGAGGUUCACAUUCACUUACUCCAAUGACAAUGGUGGCUAAUUUGAUAGAUGGAUAUCUAGCUGAGGUAGCGCCUGAUGUCAACUUGAAGCUACCGAAAUUUCAGUCACUGGGUGAGGUUUUUCCUGAUUAUGCCAGGACAUUAGAUGAUGGAAUUUACCGCGCAAUUGAUAUAUUUCUAAAGCUCGAGGAGGAAUGCUUGAGCAUGAAGCAAGAUCUUGAGAAGCUAGUGAAGACCAAAAGGUCUUGGAACAUUUUCUCAAAGAAACUUGGUUUUAAGCUGAAGUCCAAGUCAAAUCCCGAAACCUCCCAGCCCUGUGAUGCCAAAGCAACUUCACCUUUACCAGAAUCAACAGCACCAGACAUGAAUAAAGGUGAAAAUCAUAGUGGUGAGUCGAAAGAAUGA